CCUCAGUGUGUCAUUCAUAAAGCCACUACAGAGGAGGCAGGAGCUGAAGAAGAAACACAUGUUGUUACCUAACUGACUGACUGGAUAAAGUUUUCUAGUGCGGCGCUUAAAUAAACAGUAAUGAGGACACCGUCAGAACUGAUCUCUGCAGUAGUUUUGACGCUGCUGCUCAGCUCGUUGGGGAGUACAGAUGCAGCGACCUUUCAAAGCGCUUUACCACAUCCAAACAAAUACAAUCCAAAUGAAUCGGAGAGAUGUCUACAACCCCCCAUCGGUGGACUAAUUUCCCGCGGCCCGGGCCCCGUAACCUCUACAGACGAAGUGCUGGAGUCCAGUCAGGAGGCGCUGCAUGUAACGGAGCGUCGGUACCUAAGACUGGACUGGUGCAAGACGCAGCCGCUCAAGCAGACCAUCCACGAGGAGGGCUGCCUGAGCCGCACCAUCAUCAACCGGUUUUGCUACGGACAGUGCAACUCCUUCUUCAUCCCGCGGCAUAUUUACCAGGACGGAAACGCCUUUGAGUCCUGCUCUGCCUGCAAACCUAAAACCUUCAGCACCGUCACGUACACCCUCUUCUGUCCGGGACAAACACCAAGCACCAGGAAGAAACGGGUGCAGCGCGUAAAGCAGUGCCGCUGCACAACGAUAGAUAAGGAUUAGACGCAACCAUAUGCCGGCCGAUACUAUUCUCCUCUGUGGGAGGAAAAAUGCAGCUUUGCAAAAAUAAAAAAAGGGAAAGUUGCUUCAACACAUGAGGAAAAAAAGUGUUUAGGAACUUACAUGAGCCUUUGCUAUGGUUUUAAUGGGUUGAGGAUAUUCAGCAAUACACAGCUCAUUGCUGAUAAAAUAAAUAAGUGGUUGAUUCAGGUGUCAAGUUCUCUCUAAGCUGAUAGUGUAUUAAUUAUUUAUCACACUGACCAAAUAUCUUGUCACUAAUCAGUCAUUUCUUCCAGAAAGGCUUUUUUUGUUUAACAAGUUUAGAAGAUUUGCUGGCAGUUGGUUUUCGAUGCAGGGACUGAUGAUCUUGAGUGCCAAAGACAUUGAGUUUAAGCUACAUUAUUACGUUGUAAUGCUAGUAGACAUGCAGGCCAGUGGAUGUGUGGGACUUGUAUCUAAGCAUGAAAUGUAAGAGGACACGUUCCAAGGACUUGGAUGGUUUUAUUGUUUCCACUGUGUGGGAUGUAAAGCUGAAGGUUUUCAUGAUUUUCUGACAACCUGCACUGCUAAAUGCCACUUCAUUUUACGACUGUGUAUAAUUUGUGUAUCAU